CUUUCUCACCUUCUUAAAUUGCUUAUCUGUCAAUCAUCAUUUCCCAAUUGUGUUUGUUACUUCAUUGCUGGCAAUUUUUUCCCACAAAGUUUUGAUUUUUACUUUUUUUUUUUUGUAUUUUUGGGUCUGUGUAUGAAAAAAAUGGAGUUUUUUUGUUUUGUUUAUGCAAAAAGCAAAGAUCUAACGGCUGUAAAAGACCGGUGCUAGAUUUAAAUUAUGGAGAUGCGUUUUGCAGUUUUAAAAAAUCAUAAAUAAAACUAAAUUUCUCUGUCGUCGUGGUCACUCUGAAACUAACACACCACCGAAGAGCCUCCUCACUGCUCUAGACUCUUAAAAGAGAUUUGCAAUUGGAAUAUCUUCAACAGAUUCAGUCACGGUAGUGUGGAUUUGUGAUCAGGUUCAUUUACUGGCAAGGUGCUGUGAAAUUUUUGGUUCUAGACAUCAUGGGAAAGCCUGUAAGGUGGUUAAAAAGUGUGCUACUUGGAAAGAAACCAUCUAAAUCUAGUGGUAUUAAAGAGAAAGAGAGAACUGUGAAUGCAAAAGAGGUUGUGGUUAUUUCAAAGGUUGAAGAAUCCGAUGUUGUUUCGGAUCUUCCACCCAUUGGAAAUGCAGCAGUUUAUACCAGUGGUAUGGUAGAGACACAGAACCUAGAACAUGAAGAUGUUUCAGCCAACGAGAUACAAGUUUCUGAGGUCCAACCAACAUAUUCUGUAGAUGCUGCUUCUGUUCCUGAUGAUUCGCCAUCCGAAUCAGAGAAAGUUCAACAAGAAAUUGCAGCAGUUACCGUGCAGGCUGCGUAUAGAGGCUACUUGGCUCGACGUGCUUUCAGGAUCUUAAAAGGUAUAAUAAGGCUACAAGCAGUUUUCCGUGGUCACAUGGUUAGGAGGCAAGCUGUUUCGACCCUUUGCUGUGUUAUGGGAAUUGUCAGAUUGCAAGCACUUGCUCGAGGAAGAGAGAUCAGACAUUCCGACAUUGGAGUUGAAGUUCAUAGGAAAUGCCGGUUGCAUCAUCACCCACUAGAAAAUAAACUCACCGACUCAGUUGUUGAUACACAUGCUUACCUAGGAAUCAAGAAGCUAACAGCAAAUGCUUUUGCUCAGAAGCUUCUAGCUUCAUCGCCAAACGUGAUGCCAUUGUCCCUUGACAAUGAUUCUUCCAAUUUAAUCUGGUUAGAGAACUGGUCAGCUUCUUGCUUCUGGAAACCAGUUCCUCAGCCAAAGAUAGCCUCAGUCAGAAAAACUCAAAAGAAGUUGGGGAGUAACUCUCACUCUCAGGUAGUCGAGGCUGAGUUUGCUAGACCAAAGAAAAGUGUUCGCAAAGUCCCUACUUCAAAUCUCGACAAUCCCUCAGUGGCACAGACAUCACUCGAGUUUGAAAAACCCAAACGCAGCUUCCGCAAAGUUUCAGCAAGUCAAUCUGUAGAGCCACUACCAGACAUGGAAAAUCCUCAAGUUGAUCUAGAAAAAGUGAAACGUGGCUUGAGGAAAGUACAUAAUCCCAUAGUUGAGAACUCUAUCCAACCUCAACAGGUUCCACAGUUUGCAGUUGAAAAGCCAAAUCCGGGUUUAGAAGAAGAAUUUGUGAAUGGCUUUGAUAAAGAGAAAGAAGAUGAAAUGUCUGAGACAGUGGUGGAACAACCUGUGGAUUUAAUGCAAACUCAUGGACCAUUGAGAGCCAGUGAAGCACUUGAUUCCACAUUAGUCAACCAAAUCGAAGAGAGCGAAGAAAAUGUAAUGAUGGCUGAGGAAAAGGAGUAUGUGAAAGAAGAGAGAACUCCUAAACAAAACUAUAAGGAGAAUUCAGCAAGGAAGGAGAAUCAGAAAUCCGGGAAAAAGGGUCCUCUGGUUACAGCUACUCAAACCGCCGAGUGUCAAGAGAGUAGUUAUGGAAAUCAGACUAGUAGCCCGGGACUACCAAGCUAUAUGCAAGCGACUAAAUCUGCUAAAGCAAAGCUGAGGCUACAAGGCUCUUCUUCACCUAAGGAACUAGGGACUACUGAGAAAGCCAGUAGACGUUACUCUUUACCAUCUUCAGGUAAUAGUGCAAGAGUCACUUCUCAUUCUCCUAAAACAAGAGUCUCAAACUCAGGUGGCAAAACCGGGAAUAAGACUGAGAAACCUCUUCUUUCGUCCCGAGAAGGGAACGGGAAGAAAACUCCGGUAGAGUGGAAGAGAUGGUAAACAAAAAAGCUGAGGCCUUUGAUGUUUCUAAAUUACAAUAUAUUACCAUCUAUCUAUAUAUAUAGUUAGUGUAUUUGUCUUUGUCUGUCUUUGUGUUUGUGUCAUGAGUUGAGAGAAUGUACAUCAUAGGGUUCGUUUUUUUUUGGGUGGGAUCUUCAUUUUCUGUUUUAAUCCUACAUUUUACUUCUAUUACCUUUAAAAUUUUUAAUAAUUUUUAUGGGA